AUGCCAGACUACGACGACGACAUGCUCCCCGAGCCUGCUUCCGGCUCUCACCAGGAUCGAACUUGGGGCGGCAACAACGCUUUUCACAACUUCUUUAACGAUUUCUCUCACAUCCCUGACCCCAAUCUUCGCCGCCGUCUUGCCUUGUCUGAGAUUGACAAGGUUCCUUUUGGCGCAUACCAUAUCCGUGCUGUUUUAGUAGCUGGUGUUGGCUUUUUCCUGGAUUCAUAUGAUAUCUUUGCUAUCAACCUCAUCACAAUACUCCUAGGAGUUGUGUUUUGGGGGGAUCCAAAUCCUCAAAACGGUUUCAGCGGCAAUGAUGGCUACCUCCCUGACCGAGUGAACCAAGCUUUCAAGGCAUCCACCAGUGCUGGAAUUGUGGUGGGCAUGAUAGUAUUUGGAUGGCUGGCAGAUGGUUUUGGUCGACGACGUAUGUAUGGUGUUGAAUUGGCCAUCAUUAUCAUGGCCACACUCUGCUGUGCUCUUAUUUCCUCGAGCCCUGCUAUGGGGUCAACCGGUCUCCUGAUCUUCUGGCGCAUCAUCAUGGGAAUUGGCAUCGGCGGCGACUAUCCAUUAUCCAGUGUAAUUACAUCUGAAUUCGCACCGACAAGGUGGCGUGGUGCUAUGGUUGCUGCUGUCUUCUCUAUGCAGGGACUUGGACAGGUUGCAGCUGCUAUUGUCGCCCUGAUUACUACUGUCGCAUUCAAGAGUGCCUUUGUUGGUGUUGCUGACGAAAGUCAAUGCGGCUACGAAUGUCGAUUAGCUGCUGAUCGAGCAUGGCGAAUCAUUGUUGGAGUCGGCGCCAUUCCUGCUUGUGCCGCCCUCUACUACCGUAUUACGAUUCCCGAAACGCCUCGAUAUACAUUCGACGUUGAACUCGACGUUGAAAAAGCCGACGCCGACAUCAAAGCGUACGUAGCGAGCAAGUCCAAGGGGUCAUUCGAUGUGGUUCAUCAGGUCCGAUCUAAGCGCUCGUCUACGCGCGGUCUCAAUGUACCGCGUGCAUCGUGGUCCGAUCUCAUUGCUUUCUUCCGCCAAUGGACCAACUUGAAAAUGCUUCUUGGCACAACCCUCUCGUGGUUCUUCCUGGAUCUGGCCUUUUACGGUCUAGGACUCAACAACACCUUUAUCCUCCACGCUGUCGGUUAUGGUGCUGGCAACAAUCUUUUUGACAAGCUCCAAAACCAAGCGGUGGGGAUGAUUAUCUUGACUUGUGCUGGCUCGCUUCCCGGCUACUGGACGGCGAUUCUCACCGUCGACACCUUCGGUCGCAAGCCAUUGCAAGUUGUGGGAUUCCUUCUUCUCACAAUUCUCUUUUGCGUUCUUGGUUUUACAUACAACAAUUUGACUCAGGGGGGCUUGCUCGCACUGUACAUCGUUGGGCAGUUUCUUUUCAACGCCGGCCCGAACACAACCACGUUCAUCGUCCCUGGCGAAUGCUUCCCGACCCGAUAUCGCUCUACCGGACAUGGAAUCAGUGCUGCUAUGGGCAAGAUUGGCGCUAUCGUUGCCCAAGCUAUUAGCAUCCCGAUGGUCCGCCAAGGAGCCUCCGAGAAUUGCAAGGACGCCGACUGCACACCAAACCUGCACCGAUUGCUUCAGCUCUUUGCUCUUUUCAUGCUGUUUGGUACCUUUGCCUCUUUGUUGAUUCCCGAGACUAAGGGUAUGACAUUGGAGGAGCUUUCUGGUGAGCCUAGGACGAGUUACAACUCGGGAUGUAACGGAAGCAUAAGUCUUGGUUCGCCUAAACUCAGGGCGUGGAAUCCUUUCCGUGGCGGCCAGCCUGCAGGAUUCUCGUAUCCUAGAUCCAGAGUGGGACAGUUUCGAAAGAGCGACCGUGUUGGCAUCAUGACGUCGCCGGAGCUCAUGGCCGAAACAUCUCGACUUCGAAAGACGCGUCUCUGGAGGAGACAUCGCAAGGCCAAGUCGAGCAGUGGUACCGAUAUCGCCCUGAGUACCCGAAGCUCGGGCACAGCAGACGACGAUAUCUUCCCGGCAGGGCCACCUGCUACUACAACAACCAGUCCUCCUCCGCCGCCUCCGCCGAGUUGGGGAGCAGGCUGGGGACGGAUAGACCGGGGAGGACCACCUCCAUUGUUGAACUCGGUUCAGCUACAGGAUGUCGGUAGCCUUCUCACAAAAUGA